ACAACCCUCUCACUACCUCUUCAGUACAGCUGCAGCUGCUGACUGCUCACUACUAUACCGCCUCUGUUCCAUCUCUCACACUAGCUUCAGGGAUCUCUCCUUUUUAGGCCAAACAAUCCAUCCACCACCCCCUGCGCCUCCCUCCCCCCUCUCUAAAAAUAGUAACAGUGCGCGUCAAAUGCAAUUCCCCCCACUCUUCUCUCCUCGCACACUCCUACUCCUAGAUAGCACAAGCUCCAGCAGCUGCAGGAGAAGCAGUAGCAGCUGAGGAAGUGGGGAUUCAUGGCCCUAUGAGGGGAGAAGAAGAACCAGCAGUAGCAGCAGCAGCUUAUACCACCGCGAGCAAGGCAGGAUUCUUGUUCUUCUCCGCCGCUCUGACACGGCUGCCGACGAGAGAGGAGGAGAUCAGCCGCCGGUGCAGCCGCCGCCACAGAAAGAUUAUUGAUGGAGCUGUCGCCGCCGAACCACGAGAGCAGUCCACCGACGGCGGGCGGCGGCGGCGGAGGAGGAGGUGACGGCGCCGGCGGAUCGAGCAGCGCGGGCGCGUCGUCGUCGGCGGGAGGCGGCGCCGCCACGCCGCAGACGCCGAGCCGGUACGAGGCGCAGAAGCGGCGGGACUGGAACACGUUCGGGCAGUACCUGCGGAACCACCGGCCGCCGCUGGGGCUCGCGCAGUGCAGCGGCGCGCACGUGCUGGAGUUCCUCCGGUAUCUGGACCAGUUCGGGAAGACGAAGGUGCACACGGCGGCGUGCCCCUUCUUCGGCCACCCGAACCCGCCGGCGCCGUGCCCCUGCCCGCUGCGCCAGGCGUGGGGGAGCCUCGACGCGCUGGUCGGCCGCCUCCGCGCCGCGUUCGAGGAGAACGGCGGGCGGCCGGAGUCGAACCCGUUCGCGGUGCGCGCGGUGAGGCUCUACCUCCGCGAGGUCCGCGAGCACCAGGCCCGCGCCAGGGGGGUCAGCUACGAGAAGAAGAAGCGGAAGAAGCCGCAGCCCGCCGACACCAGCGGCGGCGGCGGACACCCGCACCCGCCGCCGCCUCCGCCGCCGCCGCCGUCCGCCGGCGCGGCCUGCUGAUGGCGAGCAACUAGCACGUACGUGCGCACGCACCCAUUUGCCAUUUGGUACGCCGGAUUGAGCAUAUUUUAUGUAGGUUUUCGAUUAAUUGCUUGUGCAUGCAUGCAUGGUUUUUUUUUAUCAAUUCUACGCGCGCCGGCCGCUAGCUCCAUCCCAGACUGAUCAUCUUGUUGAUCGAUGCUACAUUUGUUGUUCGCUUCUACUUCAUCUACUACUAGCAGCUGCUUCUCCUCCCGCUUAAUUUUUCUUGUCAAACUUCUUGCUCGUCGAAGCAAGUGAAUGCGCCCUCUCUUACUUUUCACUGCCAUGAUAGAUGAUGGGGAGUAGUAGUAGUAGUAUAUUGUAGUACGUACCAUAUGCCCCUCAAAGUCUAGAGAGAGGACGAGACGAGAGAGAGAGAGAAAUUCAGAGUGGCCGGCCGGUGACCGGUCUUCACACUCCAUCUCUCUCUCUCUAACUCUCUAGAGAGAUAGGCCAAGGAUGGAUGGAUCGAUGCAUGCAUCUGGCAUCUCUCUCCAUAGUCACCUGUACUACUAGUUUCGUGCCAGAUCUAGCUAGCUGCUGCACUGCAUGAACCUCGUGUGCGAAUUGCUUGUCGAGUCCAAUCCAAAGAUACUCUCCAUUUUUUCUUCUUUUUUUUCCUCCACGAAUCCUCUUGGGGUUUCUUGUUCUGAUUCCUGUGUCGCUUCCUUUUUCUGGAGCUCCCGCGCGCCGGCCGCGCGCGCGCGCGCACGGAGGGCACUGUCUCGCGGCGCACGGAGCGGAGGCAAGGACGACGACGGCUACUGUUGCGCUAAUCCUCUCGGUCUCCCCAUGAACAGUACGCUGGCUAGCUACUGUUCUUCUUCUUCUACCAAGCGAGACCGCGUGCCUGCUGCUGGUUCGCGGAUAGAGGGUCAAAUUACCGAAUAGUUUUACCUAUAGCUAUGUCCUUUUCUCCCCGCCGCUCGUGGUAGUACUUGAUCAGUAUAGUAGCAUGUCUAGUUAACAUGGGGGUGAAGCCAAAUGAGGGGAUGGCGCAUGUUUAGUUAACUGUACAUAUCAACUGUUCAGCUAGGUUGUUUUUUUUUUUGCCCCCAGAAUUGCGUUGAUCCUUUUGAUUCGAACUGUCAUUUUGUUUUUGGAUUUUCA